AUGGUGCAAGGACCAAAGAGAGCAACCGGCGGCGGCGGUGGCCUGAAGGGCGCCGGUCAGAAGAAGAGCAACAAGACGACCAAGAAGUUCGUCAUCAAUGCCACCCAGCCCACCAGCGACCGUAUCUUCGACCCAUCCGCCUUCACCACCUUCCUCCAGCAGCGCAUCAAGGUCGACGGCCGCACCGGCAACCUCGGCGACAACAUCACGGUCAGCAACCUUGGCGACGGCCGCAUCGAGGUCGUUGCGCACCAGGAGUUCAGCGGACGGUAUCUGAAGUACUUGACGAAGAAGUUCUUGAAGAAGCAGCAGCUUCGCGACUGGCUGCGGGUGGUGAGCACCUCGAAGGGCGAGUACAGCUUGAAAUUCUUCAACGUGGUUGGUGAGGGUGAGGAGGAGGAUGACGAGUAG